UUUAUGAAAAGCGUUAGUUGAUUUUUCUGUACCGUUAUUGGUUAGUAACUGUCAGUCGUCAAUUAUGGUUAUAAGUGACUGAUAUCUUUAAGUAAUUUAUAAAUAAAUAAAUAUAUUUAGAUCUUACAAAUGGACAAUAUUCAAUCUGAAAAAAUAAAAGAUGCACAUAACAUAGUCGAUAGCAAUUUACCUGAAGUUAUGGCAGGCUUAGAAAUGCUUACAGUAAAUGCAAAUUUAUCAUCUUCAGAAAACAAGCAAAGACUUAGGAAAAGAAUGCCUGCAACUGAAUCUAAUGAGAAUCUUAAUAGAAGAUGCAGUUUAAGACCAAGGAAAAGAACAUGCUCAGAAAUGGAAGAUAAUAACAGAAAAAGUAAAUAUCAGACAGAAGAAAUUGAUUGUAAAGAAUAUUAUUUAAAUAAAAAUUUAAAAAGAAGAUUAAAUAAUUUGGAAACAAUUUAUGAAGAAAAAGAUGAAACAAGUGAAUGUAUUACAUACAUGAGUGUGAAGAGGUACAAACGUAUGAUCCAGUUCCAAGAACAACCUACAGAUAAUAAGUUAAAGAAAAGAAGGGCAAAAAUUAAAAAAGUAUUUGGGUCAAAAAUCAAUUUCAAACGAAGACGUGCAUCUAUGCAGAUGUUGCUUGAUAAAUUAAAUGGUAUUAGAGUAGAAUCACCUGCAAAAGUUGAAAAUGAGAUAAAGUAAGAAGAUGUAAAAACAUUAAGUUGUAUAAGAAAUUUUUUUACAAUUAAAAUAUAACAGUAGAAAAAGAAA